AAAAACGGAACGCGCGGAUAAAAACAUAAAUAGUGAAGAAAGACACUAAUUUCUCACCAAACUGAUGCGCGCGCGACCAAACAAAUCACGUGAUCAACACGAGACAACUACCAACAGAUAACAUAACAUUAGCACCCACUCAAGCGAUUUGAUCUAUACAUCCACACUCCGUGUAAGACGCAAUGAAUAACCCCAUCUUACACUUAACCCCGCAGUGGAAGCCAGACAGAAGAGAUUGAAGUAACCACGAUUUCUAGACAGUCACACACGGCUAAUUAACUCGACUUAAAUCCGCAACCAGUUACACCAAUCUCGGUAACAUGUUCAACAACAAGAGGAAACGGAACAGUGAGGGCAAUAACGCCCCGAAACCCAAACUUACUGCUAUUGAAAGGGCGGAAAGGGACAAGCAGACUGAAUCGAACUCCGCCGGAUCCAGAAAGAUAGUGCUAUUCUUAUUCCAUGAAACAUACCUAAAAUUAGAAAAACCGGAUUUCAAGAGAAUGAGAGGAAUCAUUUUAGAAAAAGCGCUCGCCCCCGAAAAUCAAGAAAUCAAGAUAAAGGACACAGUGAAUGUUCCGGGUGCUAGAUCACUGAAACUAGACUUGAUAGACGAGAAAUCCGCCAGACUGAUGCAGGAGCUCAUCACAAAGCUCAACAACCAGUGGAACUUCUUUUCUCCGGCUAUAGACAUCACUCCACAGAUAACGAGAAUCAAAAUGUACAUAAACGGGGAUUGUCCGGAAACUUUUCUAAAGGACAAAGCGUCAAUUCAAGUACUCCUAAACGGGUCACUCGGUAAAUUUAUGAGUCCCAACGAUUUUGGCACUGAACGACCCCCAGUAUGGGCAGUUAAAAAGAAUGGGAACCCCUUUACUAUCCUACAUGUAGGCGCUAAAAGGAUAGAAAGCGUUGAAUUCCGUCUGAAAGCAACACGAGACCCAUACCUCUGCUCUCUCCCAGGGGCCAGGAUUGAAACGAAGGUGGACACAGUAACUGAACAAGAACUACAAGAAAAGACGGACCAGGAUCUCCAAAUAUCUGCUGAUAAGAAGAACGACGACAUCACAACUUCACCCAGAUAAAGCGCAUAAACCGAAAUAAAAUAGAGACUGAGCAAUGGGGGCAGUAAAUCUAAAAUAUUCCUCCUGUACCAAACUGUUUUGGAAUUUGAACUUGUUUUUAAAGGGAAUAUUCACUUUCUUGAACAUAACAAUUGAAGAUUUUUAAGAAAAAUUUUAACUCUUAAUUUUUAACCUAUGGUAUUACUUCUGAUUUAUAC